AUGGACCCUGACUGCAGGAUUCGACAUAAGAAAUGCGACGAGGCCCGCCCGGCUUGUCACCAAUGUACCCGCAUCGGUCGAAAAUGUGACGGAUACGCUGACACCCCCGAUAAAAGAACUCGUGCCUGGCGGGUCAAUAUCCACUCCAAGGCCCCGUCCAACACUCUGAUCUCGCUGGUCGAUGUCAGCCAGGCGGACCUCACGCCGCACGAGCGUUGGUAUUUGGACUUCUUUCGUAACUGCACCGCUCGCCAAUUCGCCAGCGUCUUCACCAACGCUUUCUGGGGGCAAUUGGUCCACCAGGUGGGUGAGGCCCAACCCGCUGUGCGCCAUGCGGUCAUUAGCAUCGGUGCUAUUCACUGGCAUUGCCCGGUGUUGAAGUUCGCCGCCGACGCUACCUCGUUCCCUCUGCGUCAAUGCAACAAGGCCCUAGUGCAUCUGCAGCAUAACCUCGUGACUGAUCUCUCUAGCCGUACACGCAUGGAAACGGUCUUGGUGUCCUGUCUGAUUUUAGUCUUGCUCUGCUUUAUUCAGAGAGAUGUUCGUGCGGUUAGCUGUCACCUGGCCGCCGGCUUUAAGCUGCUGGAUGAAUGGCAAAAGGCCCAGAUGAACUACAGCCCGCUCGGGCCAGUUUUGCUGCAGGCUUUUACCCAGGUCCACUUGCACUGGGCGGCCGCGACCGAGUCUAACCCGGCUAGUGUGCCUACUGCCCAGUUCGUUGCCUACCAUUUCCCCAUGAUGGACAUCGUGGAGGCUGCCGAAGAGGCCGGAGGGUUCAUGGUAAUCCUGGGUUGGCUGCUUCUGCAGACGGAUUCCAACUCGCAGCCGUUCGGUGGUACCAAAAUGGAGAGCGCGUCCGUGAUGACCCUCAAGAAAAUGCACGCCUGGAGAAGCCGUAUAAUCCGGGCUUUGACUCUUCGUGGCGAAUCAUCCCCGCACACGAACCCGAAUGUUUUGUUUCUCGACAUCUGGAGCGAGGUGAUCUUUAUCAAAAUCAUUACCGAUGCCCAUCUCGAGGAAGGCGAGACGAGAUACGAUGCUUAUCUGCCACACUUCCAGCGAACCAUUCACCUGGCGAGGCAGAUCUUGAUCCCUGCAGCCCACUCGCCCGUGCCCGGUUUCUGGGCCCGCACUGGGAUCAUCUCGCCGCUCUUUUUCUGUGCGUUAAAAUGCCGCGACUGGAACACGAGACGAGAGGCACUGUUUUUGCUGAGUCUAUGGGAACACCGACCAGGCAUCUGGUCGGUAUCGGGGACAGCCCUGGCGGCGGCCCGGUUGAUUAAACAUGAAUCCGAGGAUCUCACACCAAAGGAUGUGGUUCCCGAGACUGCGCGUAUCGAGUCUCUGCGCGUAGACUUCUUGCCUCAAGAGUGUCAAGUCCGCUUACGGUACCGUCACUCUCCGGGGUUGGGCGCGAAGUGGAUGGGGAAGGACGGGUGGCGGAGCGAGCUCAUGUCAUACUAA